AUGACGAUUCCCCUUCUUGUGACUGCAUUGGACUUUCCUCGAGGGGCCUAUGGAGCAACCUGUGCACGAGCGGUCGCCGUCUGCCCGGGGGCCUUCUACGUCAGCCGCCUCCUAAGCACCAUGUGGCUCGCGGCGCUGCUCUUCUGCGUGAUACUCGGACUGCUCCUCGUGCUGGACACGCGAAAGCCUCGCAAUUUCCCUCCAGGUCCAAAGUGGUUGCCAGUGCUGGGAUCGGCAUUGGCCGUGGCCAAGCUUCGCAAACAGACAGGCUAUUUGUACGAGGCCACUGCGGAACUGGGACGCCGCUAUGGGCCAGUUGUGGGGCUGCGCGUCGGCAAAGACCGCCAGGUGGUGCUGUGUGGUUACGACGCCAUGAAGGAGAUGCUCAUGAAGGAUGAAAUGGACGGGCGCCCACAGGGCCCGUUCUAUGAAACUCGCACGUGGGGCGUCCGCAGAGGCGUGCUGCUUACCGACGAAGAAUUCUGGCAGGAACAGCGACGUUUUAUCCUGCGCCACCUACGGGAGUUCGGCUUUGGAAGACGCACAAUGAGCGAGCUAAUUGAGGGCGAAGCCAGAGAGCUCGUACUAUCAUUACGCCAACAAGUAACAUCUCCUAGCAAUGGCGGCUCCGGGGCUUUAGUCAGCAUGCACAACUUGUUUGGAGUUUUCGUACUUAAUACUUUGUGGUCUAUGAUGGCUGGAAUUCGUUACAGCGCAGAUGACAUAGAAUUGAAAAAACUUCAAAACUUAUUAACAGAACUCUUCGCAAAUAUAGAUAUGGUAGGGUGUCUCUUUAGUCAAUUUCCAUUUUUACGAUUCGUGGCACCUGAGCUAUCUGGUUAUAAGCAAUUCAUUUAUAUUCACCAAAAAGUUUGGGAAUUCCUUAAGAAUGUUACAAAUGAAGACAUGUUUCUUCCGAAGGCUGAAUUGGAUAAACACAAAGCAACUUUUAAACCUGGCGAUGCCCGGGAUUUCAUGGAUGUGUACCUCCAGAUACUUAAUUCUGAAAAGAAGAAAUCUAGUUUCUCUGAAUCUCAACUCCUUGCCAUUUGCAUGGACCUGUUCAUGGCUGGAUCUGAAACAACUAGCAAAUCACUAGGAUUUGGAUUUCUGUACCUUCUUUUAUACCCAGAAGUACAAAAAAAGGCCCAAGCAGAAAUUGAUGCUGUGGUUGGACGGAAUCGACUUCCAACUUUGAAUGAUCGCCCAAAUAUGCCUUACAUGGAAGCUAUUGUUCUUGAGUCAGUUCGAUUGUUCAUGGGAAGAACAUUUAGCAUACCUCAUAGAGCACUCAAGGACACAACAAUUCAAGGAUACAAUAUUCCAAAGGAUACAAUGGUUAUCUGUAAUUUUCACUGCACUCUCAUGGACAAAACAUUUUGGGGAGAUCCAGAAGCAUUUCGCCCAGAAAGGUUCAUUGAUUCACAAGGAAAAGUAUUCAUCCCAGAUAUGUACACCCCAUUUGGACUUGGUAAACAUCGAUGUAUGGGAGAAACAUUAGCAAAGUCCAAUGUAUUCCUCUUUGUGUCAUCUUUGCUCCAAAAUUUUAACUUUAAUGUACCUCCUGAUACCUUGCCACCAACGACAGAAGUCGUAGAUGGUGUCACUCCAUCCAUACAGCCAUUUGAAGCUCUUGUCACACUUCGGACAUGAAAUGUUUGUGCUCAAUCUAAAGACUUGAUGCUGAUAAAUAUUUUCUCGUGAACAGAGUGUUAUAUGCAAGUGGCACUCUUUAUUGUUUCAUUUUUAUGUACUACUUCCAAUUUUGGAAAGCAUGGAUAUGCCCUGCUUGGAAUGGAUUCUCUGUUUCACUUACAGCUCUUGGAGUACCAAAGUUGCUGUGUAGAAAGUCACUGUGUGACUUUCAGCUCUUGGAGUACCGAAGUUCCAAGUUCCAUUACAAUUUAUCAAGUUAUUUGUUCAUGUAACUUUGCAACUUAUGAUUUCUAAACUUACUCAUUAAAUGAGUAAAACCAUAGUAAAAUAUUUUGUAUGGGUGCUUCACAAAUUAUACAUA